UUACCAGCCAAAAUGAAGGGUUUUCUAAGAGGUAUAAAAUAUGUUUCCCACAUUUUUGAGGAUGAUAAAGAACCGGAAAUGCAAAUUGGACACCCUACAGAUGUAAAACAUGUUGCUCAUAUCGGCAUGGAUUGUCCUACAGUAGCUAAACCGAGUUGGUUUUAUAUAUCAUAUUUAAAUGUGAAUCUUGGUGCAGGAAGUCGGGACUCAUUGGCAAGUAACGGCAGUGAGAAGCCAAAGAAGUCUAGAGGCAAACAAUCAGUAGGCAGUAGCCCAUCUGCAGGGUCCGAGAAGAAUACUAGGCGCCAACGUACGCCGGAAGAAUCCGCUAAUCGAGAUUCAUCUUCCGACGAAAGGCAGCAACAACACUCGAGUGGUGGUACCGAAUCAUCUUCUCAAGUACCUGACAUCCCCAAAAAAUAUCGGCAAAAGAAAUCAAAUAGAUCAUGUGGUGGAUCAGAGGGAUCUCUGUCGCCAGCCAUAUCAAAUCUUGAGAUCAAAGCAUGAAAAGACUGGAGCACUUUGUAAAAUAGAGGUUUAAAACAUCAACUACGUAACAUAAAAUCAUCAACUUUUCCGUGU